AUGGACCGAAUAAUAGCUCAAGAUUUUGCCACGUUCUUUCAGCCUGUGCAGGUGAUUCUGGCCGCGACAGCAUUGUGCCUGUUUCACCACCGUAAGCACCUGCAGACCCUGAUAUGGCGUCCGUACGUGCUCUUAUUGUUCGGCCUGGGUACAGUGUUUCUACUCAGGAACACGUCCAAACUGUUGCGUUUCGCGGCGUGGCUGUUUUUCGUCUGCCUCCACUACUUCAAGGACCUACAGAAGGGGAACGAGAGCGAGUGUCCUAUCUGUUUUGAGGAUUUUAAAACCUCGUGCCCAUACGAGUGUACCCGGUGCAAGAAGGCCACUCAUGCUCGGUGUGUGGUGGAGUAUUUGGAGCGUAGAGGGGAGGAGUCAUUUCGUUGUCCGUUCUGUCGCAAGGAUUUGCGCGUGAAGAAAGAGGAACUGAAACUCUUUAUCGAACGGUUUGAAAAGCUGAUGGGUGACGAAGACACAAAUGAACGGUUGGAAAACGAGACAGCGGAAGAUCAACCAACCACAGCGCCAGAAAAACGCCAGGGAAAGUUACUUUCACUUUUGACGGCCUUGAAGACGGCAACACUCGUGAGCCUGAUGGUAACUUUCUAUGGUUCCUACCAGCUCUUUACGGACAGCUACCGCGCCCUUCCAGGAGAUUUGAAAACAUUUGUGGGUGUACUUUUUGAAAGUAUUAGAAGUGCCAUCGUUGAAAUGUGGAACUCCCAGUUGUUACGCGAUGUACUAAACGCACUAUGGAAUGUAAUAGGCGCACUGCACGAAUGUGUGACUGUACUUGGUGUAAAUGUCUACAACAACUUGUUGCUUCCACUGGUACGGCUUGGUGUAAAUUUGUUGCUUCCACUGGAACAGAUUCUGUGCGAUACAUGUUGGUUGUUUUCAAAGCUCUGUACAAAGUAGCGAUAUUUGCGUACAAGCUAUUGC